AGGAAGCUGCGGCGGUGCGCUUCCUCUUUUGACGCUUCCCUUUUCUUUUGUUGUGUCUUGACGUGAGAAAGUGUCAUUUGAAGUUAGCGUAGCGUGAGGCAACAGGUGAUGAAUGUAAACAAUCGCGCUAAUCUGCUAGCAUCACCUUGCAUGGACUAUGAGCCUGGCAUCGUGUCACCCUUCAAGCGGGUCUUCCUGAAGGGUGAAAAAGGACGGGACAAGAAGGCGCUGGAGAAAUCGGCGGAGCGCCGGGCACUCCACACGGUCUCUCUCUCGCAACCCGACCACCGCAUCGACCCCGACGUAUUGCUCAAUGACUACAUCGAGAAGGAAGUCAAAUAUUUGGGCCAGCUGACAUCGGUGCCGGGAUACUUGAACCCAUCGAGCAGGACGGAAGUCCUCCAGCUCAUUGACAAUGCAAGAAAGUCGCAUCAGUUGGCGGGCCAGCUGACCUCCGAGCAGGACGCCGUGGUAAGCCUGUCGGCGUACAACGUCAAGCUGGUGUGGCGCGACGGCGAGGACAUCAUCCUGAGGGUGCCCAUCCACGACAUCGCCGCCGUCUCUUACGUCCGCGACGACUCUCAGCACCUGGUCGUCAUCAAGACGGCCCAGGAAUCCGGAGGCUCCCCCUGUCCCAGCUCCUGCCCCGAUCUCAACAAAUCUCAGACGCUCAGCUCUUUGUCGGAGAGCGGCGCCGCGCUGGUGGAAGUGUGCUGCCUGCUUGUCCUCGCCGUCGACAAUAAAGCAGCUGCGGAGGAGCUGUGCCUUCUGCUCAGCCAAGUCUUCCAGAUUGUCUACACCGAGUCCACCAUUGACUUCUUGGACAGAGCCAUCUUUGACGGAGCCACCACGCCCACAAGACAUCUUUCCCUAUACAGCGAUGACUCGUCGGGCAAAGGGGACAUGAAAGAAGCCUUCGAAGGCGAGGCCGGCCCUUUUCCAUUCCAGGCAUCGCCGGAGGCCGACGGCAGCGCCCCGUCGGCUUCCGGCCCCGCCUCUCCUCAGGUCACGACGGCGAGCGAAGAGGAGCUCAGCACCACGGCCGCCGAGCUGCUCCAGGAUUACAUGACCACGCUGCGCACAAAGCUGUCCUCCCAGGAAAUCCAGCAGUUUGCCGGGCUGCUGCACGAGUACCGCAACGGCUCCUCCAUCCACGAGUUCUGCAUUAAGCUGCGGCAGCUCUACGGAGACAGCAGGAAGUUCCUCCUGCUUGGCCUGCGUCCCUUCAUCCCCGAGAAGGACAGCCAGCACUUUGAGAACUUCCUGGAGACCAUCGGCGUGAAGGACGGCCGCGGCAUCAUCACCGACAGCUUCGGCCGCUACCGGCGGGCGGCCGACUCCAACGGCAACGUGGCCGCGGCGGCGGCGGGCGUCGGAGACGGCGCCGCCUCCGACGAGGGCCCGGAGGAGGCCGGGGAGACCUCGGAGGGCGACGAGUGGGACCGAAUGAUCUGCGACAUCAGCAAUGACAUCGAGGCACUCGGCUGUAGCAUGGACGGCGAAGGCGGCGCCGCCGCGCUGUAACCGGGCAGCCAUUGAUCACACUGAAGUUCUCUCCUGAGCCAGCCGAGAGCCUCGUCGACGGUCUCGAAGGUCUUCAGCAGCCCCGACGGCAACUGGCAGCGGAUGACGGCGGAGUCCCCUGCUUUGCGUCCCGCCGCUUCCCCGCUACCCGAGCCGCGGAAACGUUCCGCCUCCGCCUUGGCUUUCCACUCCAGGUAAGAAGGUCUCCUGGUCUGCAGUCUCAGUUUCUCCGUCAAGGCCUUCAGGGUGAGAAGAUGGUCGUCUUCCCGUUGUCUCUCCGCCUCCUCGCAAGCCAUCGGUUUGGCCGGGGAGACUUCCAUUUUCGGGGAGCUUCUUCACCGCACUAGAACAUUUGAAAGCGUUCCUAAAGUGUUUUGGAACUCCAGACGAGAAAGGAAGCCAGUCGCGUAUCAAAUGACGGCAGCUCAGCAGUCUAUGUUGCCGUAGCAACCGCAUUGACACUUGACAUGACUCAGCAGACUUAAUGAUGUCAAUGUAAUGUCGCAGUCGGUCCAUAUCAAUCUUUCGAGACAAAAUAUUCGAUCGGCAACAAGAUGGAAUGAAUUUCAACGGGUUGCCAAUGAAAAGAAAAAAAAGGAUCACCAAAUGUAAUGUUUUGCUUCACUUGAUAACAGGAAUGCAAGCUCCAUCAAAGUCAGCCAACAAUGUGCAUAAUAAUCAGUAAAAGUGGUCCCGGGCCAUUUGCGCUCCCUUUAUCCCAUAAUAAGCCAUCACAGGCCCGACCCGACCCGCGCUGAGCUCAUUGCAUCUAAUGAUAGGCUUGCAUUAAGACUGCCAAAAGUGAACUGCUCCCACCAAUGACUUUUAGGAAAGUUUGCCUCUUUUUAACUUAUUCGGCAUAUUUGCCAUAAAAGCAAUUUAUUUACAAGCAUCCCAUCGCUUUCUGUAGGACUUAUCCUUGUUGGGGUGAUCAUCAUUUCUUCAUUUUAAUGGUAAAUGUAAAAAAAAUAAAAUAAUACAGUAAAAAAGAAUGACAUUGAAUAUUUGUAAACUGAAGCAAGCAGGCAGUCCUUACCACGUGACUCUUUUGGGUGAAGCGCCUGGAAGCAUCCCACGCACUUCCUCUUGUUCAAAUGUCUUCUCAGUUUCGUGGCCCCGACUUGUCUGAAAACAUCUAAACCAGUGAAGACCACUACAUGAAGCCCCUCUUGAGGAGGGGAAAAAAAAACUUGCGUUUUAAUUUAAUUCCCUCCCACUGGUCUGGGGUACGUCACCGCCUCAAGUGGGUUGGUCCGUUGCUUGGGCACGUCGGCGCGUCCGCCAUAUUGGGUGGGUCAAGUCGACGGUAGAAUGCGUUGCUAGGAUACCAUGGCGUUUCUGCCACGUUUGUGCCAAAUCUGUUUCACGUCGUAAUGUAGCGUUUAAAAAGUUCCACCAAUGUUUACAUCGCGUUUUAAUAACGUACAAUUAUAAAAUGUUAGUUUUAA